GAUGCUCUAGUUUGCUUUUGUACUGCCAACUUUUCUAAAGACAAACUCUUGAUAGAAAUAGAACAUCCAUGUCCUUAAGAGACUUGAUCAAACUCUUACCAUAAUUUCUAUACUCUAUUUUUUUUAUUAAUAUUACUAUUAGGGAUGUACGGUAGCCAAUUUUUGGUUAAUUAAAUAUUUUUAAUUUCGUAUCCAUUGGGGUACAAAAUUUCAACCAAGUUAUUUCUAAAAUAUAGAAUUGAAAUUCUGAGGAAGUUGCCUAGGAGGACUGUAUCAAGUCAAGCAAAUAAGCCAAGUUAUAUUUAAUUAGGACAGUGGAAAGGACACGACUUGGUAGCAAGUUCCCUACUCCAAAGACUAACUACAUGAGUCGUCGUCAACUUUGAAGUUCAUAACAAUGUUGUUGAACUGAAUACGAACCAAUCAUGGUUAAAUCAACCGUUAGAUUAACUGAUUUAUGAUUCAAUCGGUUAAACUAUUCCGAUUGAUUUUUACAGCACUAGUUGAGACACUUGUCAUAACUUGUAGUUGUGAUUGAGUAAGUAGUUUACUUUUGCCGUUGCUUUACAGAAUUGGUCAUUUUGCCACCAAACCACCCAAAGUCUACAUGACCCCAACCCCAAGCUUAUUGAAGAUUGCAAGAAACCAAAGUCUUUUUAUUUCUUUAUUUAUAUACAAAUUGCUUACUAGUAUAUCCUAGACGGCUGAAAUUUCUUUCACUUGUUAUUCAUUCUUGAUAUAACAUCUUGGAAAGAAAAGAAAAAAAAGUACCUCAUAACAUUUUCUCCAUUCCCAAGUCAUGAAUUCACUCUUCUUUCUCACCCUCUUCUUGUUUUUCAUCUUCCAAACCUCUGCUACCUGCAAUGAUGACAUUCACUAUCCAUUUCACAUAAAGGGUCAACAAAAACAACAAGGGUAUGAUACAACUCUUUCUGGUUUUGAGCUUCUUCAUAAAGACAACAUCACCACCAUCCAUUUUCCAUCAUAUGGUGAUUUAGUAGUCAAGUCCAUUUCUUAUGACACCAAAAAGAUUGAUCUUCUUGAUCCAAAAAACUGUGUCCAUAGAGUCUUUCUCAACCUUAACCUCACUCAUACACCGUUUCAAUACUACUACGUUCUUAAAAACUUUACAUACCUGAAUUGUUCCACUACACUUUUACACACAAAUUUCACUGAGAUUCCAUGUUUAAGUGGCUCAAGUUAUCAUGUUUACACAGUUGACCCUGAAGUUCAUAUUCCUACUUCAUGUAAAGAAGUCAAAACCGUUGCUAUUCCUUUCAAAUAUAGCCCUUAUAUUUCAGAUAAUAGUCUUGGUCUUAGAUUAACAUGGAACUUGCGUGAAUCUGAAGAAAGCAAUGAAGGAAACAAGACUAAAGAUUCCCACAUAGCACGUUAUACAGUUAUUGGCCUAAGCAUCUGUUUAUUAGUGAUGGCAACACUUGUAAGCAUAAAGGUUCAUUUGUCCACGAGGAAUUUCCAUAAGAAAGAAGAGCAAUUGUUGCAUCGCGUGGCAGAUUUCUAGAAGUGUUCUCAGAUGCAAGCUUCUCCAUAUUAUCAAAUUUGAUGUUUUUCAAUUUUUUUUACAAUUUGGUGCUACUCUCUAAGAUUAGAUGAAUACUAUGUAGAUACGAUAUAGUAUGUGCAAUUAUAAUCCAUGUACUUUUUUUUUUCUAUAGAAAAUUACGAUCCAUAUACUUUCUUUGAACAAA